GCGGUGGGAGGACACCGUCAGGGCUCCACGUCCUGCUUCUCCUCCUCGGUGCGCACACGGGGGUGGCGAAGAGCCAGGGCGGCGAAGCAGGUUGCUGAAUUCCUCCACCUUUACCCCUGUUUUGUUUCUUCUCUCUUCCCCGGAGCGGACGCAGAACGAAGCCUGGGACUAUGGAGGAUGUGUACCCCUACAGCCGCAGCCCAGUCUGGGAGGAACUGGAGCCGGAGAAAGGGGCCGUGUCGUCCGCCGCGGGGGUGCAUGCCCAUGUGGUGGGCGCUGUCGCCGGCAGCGGGGCGGCGGACGAGUCCUCAGACAGCGAGGCAGAGCAGGAAGGCCCCCAGAAGCUGAUCCGGAAAGUGUCCACCUCUGGACAGAUCAGGAGCAAGACCAGCAUAAAGGAAGGAUUGUUGCUGAAACAGACGAGCUCCUUCCAGAGGUGGAAAAAGCGCUACUUCAAACUGAGAGGCCGAACUCUUUACUACGCCAAAGAUGCCAAGUCUGGCAGUGCCUUGGCACGGUGGCAGGAGCGGGCGCUGCGCAGGGUGUCCAGGAGCCGCGUGUGCUGGCGAGUCAUGUCCGUGUGCUGGACGGGCGCGCGACGCUCCCCCCCACCCCUUGGUGCCAGUGGAUCUGAGGAGGGCCUAGUGAGAAUUCGGUCCCUUAUCUUCGAUGAGGUGGAUCUAUCAGAUGCCAGUGUUGCAGAAUCCAGCACAAAGAAUGUCAACAACAGCUUCACGGUGAUCACCCCAUUCCGUAGGCUCAUCCUCUGCGCCGAGAACAGGAAAGAGAUGGAGGACUGGAUCAGUUCGCUCAAGUCCGUCCAGUCCAGGGAGCAUUACGAGACGGCACAGUUUAAUGUGGAACAUUUCUCAGGGAUGCACAACUGGUACGCCUGCUCCCACGCACGGCCCACCUUCUGCAACGUCUGUAAAGACAGCUUGUCUGGGGUCACAUCUCAUGGCCUCUCCUGCGAAGUGUGCAAGUUCAAAGCCCACAAACGCUGUGCUGUAAGAGCCACUAACAAUUGCAAAUGGACGACCUUGGCCUCUAUAGGAAAGGACAUCAUUGAAGAUGAGGAUGGGAUUGCCAUGCCUCAUCAGUGGUUGGAGGGCAACCUGCCUGUCAGUGCCAAAUGUGCCGUGUGUGAUAAGACAUGUGGCAGCGUACUAAGGCUGCAGGACUGGCGCUGCCUCUGGUGCAAAGCCAUGGUGCAUACAGCCUGUAUGGACCUGUACCCUCGCAAGUGUCCUCUCGGUCAAUGCAAAGUCUCCAUCAUUCCCCCCACGGCGCUCAACAGCAUCGAUUCAGAUGGCUUCUGGAAGGCCACCUGUCCCCCGUCGUGUGCCAGUCCCCUCCUGGUCUUCGUCAACUCGAAAAGUGGAGACAACCAGGGGGUGAAGUUCCUGCGACGCUUCAAGCAACUUCUCAACCCGGCCCAAGUCUUCGACCUGGUCAACGGGGGUCCGCACCUCGGCCUGCGUCUGUUCCAGAAGUUUGACAACUUUCGGAUCCUGGUGUGUGGCGGGGACGGCAGCGUGGGAUGGGUCCUGUCAGAGAUAGACAAACUCAACCUCCACAAGCAGUGCCAGCUGGGGGUGUUGCCCCUCGGCACCGGCAACGAUCUGGCCCGAGUGCUGGGCUGGGGCCCUUCGUGUGACGACGACACCCAGCUGCCCCAGAUCCUGGAGAAGCUGGAGCGGGCCAGCACCAAGAUGUUGGACCGCUGGAGCAUCAUGACCUACGAGAUUAAGAUCCCACCCAAACACAGCUGCCCCACCACGCCGGAGGGAGCCGACGAUUGCCAGUUUCACAUUUCAGCGUAUGAACACUCAGUGACCACUCACCUCACAAAGAUCCUCAGCUCAGAUCAGCACUCUGUGGUCAUCUCUUCUGCCAAGAUUCUGUGCGAAACUGUGAAGGAUUUUAUUGCCAAAGUGGGGAAAGCAUAUGAAAAAAGCACAGAGAAUGUUGAGGAGUGCGACUCGAUGUCUCUCAAAUGUGCCAUCCUGAACGAGAAGCUGGACUCCCUCCUGCAGACGCUGAACGCGGAAUGCCAGUCCCUGCCGCAGCUCCCCCACUGCACCCCUCCGAUCGUGGAAGAAGAACAAGAGGAGGAGGAGGAGGAGGAAGAGGAGGAGGAGGAGGAAGCCAGUGAGGAGAGCCUGACGGAGCUCAAGGGGAAACUGGAAGAGGAGGAGACGGAGAAGGGGCGGGGGGGCAGCGGGCCCCCUCAGCAGCUGUUUAAAAGCCGGGAGCAGCUGAUGCUCAGGGCCAACAGUCUGAAGAAAGCCGUCCGGCAGAUCAUAGACCAGGCUGUGAGAGUGGUGGACGAGCAGAACGCCCACACGGACGACACGGAGCUCCCGUCGCCGCUGGAGUUCAGGAAGGACAGCGAGGACGAGAACAGGGACAGCGAGAAGGACGAGGACACCAAGGAACUGGAGGCGGUGUCGUCCGCUAGGAGUCCCUGUUCCCCGACAGAGAGCAGAGUGAGCCGCAGCACCCAGUCUUACGGCCCCUUCACCAUCACACCUUUCACCGCCAGCAAGGAGAACCUCCCCGUGCUCAACACUCGAAUCAUCUGCCCUGGGCUGCGAGCCGGGCUGGCCGCCUCCAUCGCCGGAAGCUCCAUCAUUAGCAAGAUGCUGCUGGCUAACAUCGACCCGUUCGGCGCGACGCCCUUCAUCGACCCCGACCUCGACUCGCUAGAGGGCUACAUGGAGAAGUGUGUCAUGAACAACUACUUUGGCAUUGGCCUGGACGCCAAGAUCUCUCUGGAGUUCAACAACAAGAGAGAGGAGCAUCCAGAGAAAUGCAGGAGUCGUACGAAGAACAUGAUGUGGUAUGGUGUUCUGGGCACCAAAGAGCUGCUGCAAAGAACCUACAAGAACCUGGAGCAAAAAGUGCAGCUGGAGUGUGACGGUCAGUACAUCCCCCUGCCCAGCCUGCAGGGAAUCGCCGUGUUGAACAUCCCCAGCUACGCAGGCGGAACCAACUUCUGGGGCGGCACCAAGGAGGAUGAUAUCUUCUGCGCUCCGUCGUUUGAUGAUAAGAUCCUGGAGGUGGUGGCCGUGUUCGGGAGCAUGCAGAUGGCCGUGUCCAGAGUCAUCAAGCUGCAACAUCAUCGCAUAGCCCAGUGUCGAACGGUGAAGAUCACCAUCCUGGGAGACGAGGGCGUUCCCAUCCAGGUGGACGGCGAGGCCUGGAUCCAGCCGCCCGGAGUUAUCAAGAUCCAGCACAAGAACAGAGCGCAGAUGCUCACCAGAGACCGGGCAUUUGAGAACACACUGAAGUCAUGGGAGGACAAACUGAAGUACGACAAGCCUCCCCUGCGGCCUCACCUCUACCCGCAGCAGUCUGUGGAUCUGGCCACAGAGGAGGAGAACGCCCUGAUGCAGAUGUGCGCCCGGGCGGCCGAAGAGCUCAUCACAAGGAUAUGCGAAGCUGCAAAAACCAACGGGCUUCUGGAGCAGGAGCUGGCUCAUGCUGUUAAUGCCGCAUCUCACGCCAUCAACAAAAUGCACCCCAAGUUCCCAGAGAGUCUGACGAGGAACACGGCCAUCGAGGUGGCGAGCACCGUCAAGGCGCUCCACAACGAGACCGAGUCUCUUCUGUUGGGCCGAGUCUCUCUGCAACUAGACCCGCCUGAGGAGGAGCAGCUGUCCAGUGCUUUGCAGAGUCUGGAUGCUGAACUGGGCAAACUGGGAGAAAUCCCCUGGCUCUACCACAUACUGCAGCCCAACGACGAGGAGGUUGACUGUGCUUAUGUACCAGGACCCCUCUCUGGGUUACGGCAAGAGGAACAGUCGCAGCAGCGUGUUCCGCAUAGUGCCCAAGUUCAAGAAGGAGAAGGCCGCCAAGAAGACGAGCCCUCAGUCAGUGGAGAGGUGGGGCACAGAGGAGGUGGGCGUCUGGCUGGAACAGCUGAGUCUCGGGGAGUACAGAGACACCUUCAUACGGCACGACAUCCGAGGCUCAGAGCUGCUGCACCUGGAGAGGAGGGACCUAAAGGAUCUGGGGAUAUCGAAAGUGGGUCAUAUGAAGAGAAUCCUCCAGGGAACUAAGGAGCUGGCCAAGGUCUCCAUGGUCGACCUUUAACCUGGAAGCAAUAAUUGCCAGAGACGGGGAAGCCACACAUUCCCCCCUAUCAUGGGAGUUUGGGAGCACCGUAGGCAGACAGCAAGAGAGAGAGAGGAGACGAGUAUUCAAGUCGAGCCGGCUUUAACUGCUCCGCCAUGAGCGCCUUUGUGACGGUGCGGACGGGACCAGGACGUGCUAGUGUGCCUGCGUGUGUGUGUUUGUGCUGCGGUGCCAACAUGACAGUCCAGAAAGCUGAGGAAAGUUCAAAAUGGAAGUCAAGAAAAUUCAUAGCAACAAAAAAAAAGCCAUUUCAGAGUUAAUAACCACUCAA